UUCGAGGAACGCCAAGCACACCAAUAACCUACAUGUGGGCUUUGGUGGCCCAAGCAGAAAGGUUAGGGUCGAUGCGCUGCAGAGCCAGCAGGAUGCCACGUGGCAGAGAGUGGCCACGUGUGCGGGUCCCACGGGACGGGUUGAAAUCGUCGUUCAUAACUGUCUUGGUAACACCAUAUGUGAAGGUAAGUAGAUUAACUUUCUCUUCGCAUAAAUAUUUUAUAGUACUGACGAAUCUAAGCUAUGUUACUUCUACACUCAAUACGAGAAAUGGAAAAAUGAAAGAUAGAAAUUAUCUAAACAGAUGGACGAUCAAAUUCUACAAGGGGGUUUGGGUACAAGUAAUGAGAGAGAAAAAUGUACUUUCUAAUGUUGAUCAAAAUAAGAGAUUUUUUAUUUGGGAUGAAGGCAGUGAAGCCGCUUUAGAGAAUGCUUUUGGUACAUCCGAAGACAAACAAAAAAAAUGGAUUGAAAAAUAUGUGCCUGGCACAUUUCUUGAUUCGAAGAAACAACAAAUCAUGUACAGUGAUUUCGUCACCAAAAAGCUGAAAUUAUAUUUCACUACGAGUAAUCAAAGAAAACAUAUAAAUAUAAAUAAAAAGAAUUAUAUAUUGAAGAAGAACGACAAGAAAAGCAAAAAAAUAAUUCUAAAAAAGUACGAAAAAAAAGUAAUUCAAUAUAUUAUAAUUGUUUUAUUAAUUUAA